CUGCUUUCUCACUUUCCCUCUCGCUGUCUGUUAGUGUGCGUGAACCCGUGUUCCACUCUGCGUGUGUUUCGGGGCUCGGAUAUCCCCCAGGGCAUAAAGAACUACUCUCGCUUCUCUCCCAGUCGUCCCCAUUAUCUACUCUAUAAUAUAGUUUGCAUUGCAGUUUCUCUCGCAAAAUCCUACAAACGAUGCACCACAGGCGACGCGCACCCCCGAUAGUCCUCUCCCCGGCUCCUCCCCCCGGAGCUGACGACCCCAACGGCCAUGUGAACACGAUUGAGAUUGUACAUCACUUCGAGUCGCAGACGAACCCUGCUAAACCCGCCCGUCCUUCCCCUCUCACCACUUCCAAUGGCAUGCCACUAGUGUUGCUGGAGAGACUCCGCUCUUUCCCCCUGUUUCUUAGUGCCCCCGAGGAGUUCUUGUCAGCCGUUGCAACGCACCUAAGGCCCCAGCCAUACUCACCGCGAGAUUAUAUCCUCACCGAAGGCGAUGAAGCAAAGGCUAUGUACUGGCUCGUCCGAGGCGCUGUAGCGGUCACUUCGAGGGAUGGGGAAAGCACAUAUGCGGAAUUGCGGCCGGGAGCGUUCUUUGGAGAAAUUGGCAUACUGAUGGACAUACCACGAACGGCGACGAUUAUUGCCCAGAGCAGAUGUUUGCUUGUCGUUUUGACAAAGGAAGCGCUCCAACGGGAGCUGCCCAAGUUUCCCGAAGUGGAAAGGGCUAUUAGGGAGGAGGCGGAGGAGCGCUUGACGGUGCUCAACAAGAAGAAAAGGGAGAGGGAAAGCAGUCCGAGGAUUGGGGGGGUAAAAAGGGCGGUCGACUCGGACGGAGAUGUCGAGAUUGGAGAUAGCAUCUAUCUCAAAUCCGAUGCCCCAAGGGCUUUUGGAGGCCCCGGUUCCACCCUGAAACCUGGGAGUCAAUGGGUGACCAAUUCGGCCCUGGGAAGCGGGCAGGUCAAUAUCCGACAGUUACUAAAGGAACUACCAUUAUUCGCGAAUCUCCCCCAGGAAAACCUUCACUUCCUGGGAUUGAGUGCAGCCCCCCGGACAUAUGCGCCCUUUCAGACCAUCAUACAGCAAUACUCGAUGGGGAGGGAGAUAUACUUUAUUGUGGGCGGUGAGGUUGAGGUCGUGGAUGAAUUGGUUAUGGACCCGAAGCAGAACAAGGUCAAGGCACGAUUGAGAAAGGGCCAACAUUUUGGGGAGGUUGUAGCUCUUUCUUUGGCGCCCAGGAGGACAGCCACGGUUCGUGCGGUAACGCCCGUGGAAUGUCUGGUGAUUGAGGGAGAUGUGUUGGAGGAACUUUGGAAAAAGUGUCCCCCGGAGGUGCAGCAGCAGCUGGAGACGACUGCAAGGGACCGUAUGGACGGGGAUGGAGAAAACGUGCUCAUGAGGGACGCGCCGGCAACCCCUACCCAGUCGAUCGACAAAUUGGAUAUAUCGGAUCUCCCAAAAGCGCCGUCAAUGAACCUGACGGUUCCCGAGUCACGAUUCACGGGACCGAAUGACUUGAACGUUGUCGAACCUUUUGAUCCGGAUCCAUACCUACCCGCGGACUUUGAAUCGCUUAGGUCGAAGUCUAGGCGAGGCUCACUUGCUCCACCACCCCCACAGUCGAAUGCUACAUCGAGUAGCUCUUCACCAACGGAAGAGAACCCAAGCCCCCUUUCAAGAUCCACAACACCUUCGCCGGUAAAGACCAAACAUGCGACCACUCCCCCGGAACAUCACGCCACGGUAAAACGGGCGCGUAUACUCUCCCGGAAGCCUUCCAGGUUCAAUAUUGGCCAAUUCAAGGAUGAUAUCUUGAUUCAGAUAUUCAAGCACAUGGAACUUCACGAGUUGAUGCGAGUGCGUCAAGUGUCGACACAUUGGUCAAGGCUACUCACCAAUUCUGCAUACCUACUAACCACUCUUGACCUGAAGCCCUAUAACCGAGUGAUCAAUGACAAUGUGUUGAUACAUGCGAUUGCUCCCUUUGUGGGACAUAGGCCCACCAUGAUAGAUAUAUCAAACUGCUUUCACAUUGGUGACGAAGGUUUCACGGUCCUCGCGCAGACCUGCGGCGCGAACGUCAAAGUUUGGAAAAUGAAAAGUGUUUGGGACAUUACCGGGCAGGCCAUACUCGAAAUGUCAAACCGUGCGAAAGGGCUGGAGGAAAUCGAUCUUAGCAACUGCCGGAAAGUGAGCGACACACUUCUGGCGCGGGUCGUGGGUUGGGUUGUCCCCGAAUUCCACCCAAUGUAUGCGGAACAACAACUGCAGCAGGCACAAGCUGCGGCUGCCGCGGCGAAUAACCCUUCAAGAUACAAUCCUGGCCAGCAGGCCCCACCCCAACCACCACCAAUGUACCCCGCCCCAGGCACCGUGAUCGGAUGCCCGAACCUCAGCCGGCUGACAUUAAGUUACUGCAAACACGUUACCGACCGCACCAUGUCCCAUCUUGCAGCGCAUGCGGCUCGCAGAUUGGAGCAUGUGGAUCUCACGCGAUGCACCACUAUCACAGACCAAGGAUUCCAGAGCUGGGGCAUGACGCGCUUUGAGAGACUACGAAGCCUGUGUCUAGCGGAUUGCACCUAUCUCACCGACAGCGCGGUAGUCUUCCUCACGAACGCGGCUAAAGGUCUCCGAAGCCUUGAUUUGGUAUAUCUUUCCUCACUCCUUUCAAGAGGCCCCCUUCUUCCUCCUCGCCCUCGAAGUUGUAGCUAAUCCCACUUGUGCAGUCUUUCUGCUGCGCCCUAUCGGACACAGCAACGGAAGUCCUCUCACUCGGCUGUCCGCACUUAUCCGUCCUCAAGUUGUCAUUCUGCGGAUCCGCGGUGUCGGACUCAUCUCUCAGGGCGAUAGGCCUACAUCUACUUGAACUUCGUGAACUUUCCGUACGUGGGUGCGUGCGCGUCACAGGCGUGGGCGUGGAAGCGGUCGUGGAAGGUUGCCAUAAUCUUGAGGUGUUUGACGUGAGCCAGUGCAAGAACCUCGCCACGUGGAUAGAGAGCGGUGGAGUGGAAAAGUGUACGCAGACGUGGAAACGGAAUAUCAGGUUUGAGACUGUAGCCGUGGACGUUAUUGCGGGCGACAGGAGGCGAUGACAGUGAUGGAUCCUCGGAAGAGAUGAACGUAGCCAUGGCUUGGAUAUGAGGCGGAUGAUGGCUCGAUCCCUACCGGAUUUUAGGGAAUCGCAAGUAGAAAUAUGGCUUUUUUCUUCUUCUCUCAUGGUUCACAUUGGGAUGGCCCAAGGAUUAUGGUAUGAUACUGGCUUCUGGUUUAAAAAGGCAUCGCGACGGGGAGCGAGUGGAGGAGGCGGCGAUGCGGCGGACUGAAGGGAUGGAUACGAUAACUUGGAAAAGACUUUUGAUUUCAUUUCAUUCUUUUCUUGCUCUUUCUUCUCCCAUAAGUACGUUUCUUCCUCUUGCCAUCAAGGUAUUAGAUUAUCUGCUUUAUUUCCCCAUCAAUUGUCUCACCUUUUCCGUUUCUUUCACUUUUUACCCACACAGCACGAAAUGAACGGCGGCGUUCUCGGUAAGCUUUUUGUUCACCCAAUUAUUUACUUGUUUAUUUAUGAUAUCUCACCAGACGCUAUUUCACUAGGAAGGGGGGGGGGGGGGGGUAUUUGACCGGGAUGUCCGUUUUUUCUUUUUGUCCCUAGAAUGCGAGUGACGGGAUGUGAUGCGAUCUAGCUUAUGUGACCGCAUCAGUUUAUUAUACCGGCACGACAUACGCUGGAGCGAGAAGGAAGGAAAGGCAAAAGGUAGGCGGCGGGAGUGAGGGAAUGAACUUAUGACAUGAUACAGUGAAUUUGUUCGCGAGGGUGGUUCAGUUGGCGUUGCUGGGGAAUACCGCUAGAAUAGAACAAACAAGUAGAGCAUAAUAAUAGCGCUAGUUAACCCCACCCCGCUAGCAC